CGCGGCGGCAGGACCAUGGCCGAGCCCCGAGGGGCUGCGAAGCCGGCGGCACCCAAAGCCUCCUGCGCAUCGACCGAGCUCAGCCUGCGGAGCGCCCCGCAGCCCCGCCCCUCGAGAGUGGACGCCGUCAGCCUGGUCAGGUACCGGGGCAACGCCACCGCCUCCCGGGAGCCCCCCUUCCACGGCUCGUUGAUGCCCUCGGGAACAGGCUCGGGGCGCCGGCGGGGAGCGCUGCGGGAGCUGCUGGGGCUGCAGGGGGCGGCUCCCGCCGGGUGGCUGUCGGAGGAGCGCCCCGAGGAGCAGUCCCCGGGCGGGCCGAACGGACCGAGUGGUAGCGGGCUAUGCCUGGAGCCCCGGGAGCACGCGUGGAUACUGGCGGCCGCUGAGGGCCGCUUUGAGGCGCUGCAGGAGCUGCUGGAGGUCGAGCCGGGGCUCCUCCUGCGGGGCGACCCGAUCACGGGCUACACGGUGCUGCACUGGCUGGCCAAGCACGGGCGCCACGAGGAACUCAUCCUGGUGCAUGACUUCGCCCAGCGCAGGGGGUUGCGGCUCGACGUGAGCGCCCCGGGUAGCGGCGGCCUCACGCCCCUCCACCUGGCGGCCCUGCAGGGCCACGAUAUGGUCGUCAAGGUGCUGGUGGGCGCCUUGGGGGCAGACCCCACGCGCCGCGACCACAGCGGCCACCGGGCCUGUCACUACCUGCGACCCGACGCGCCCUGGACCCUGCGGGAGCUGUCGGGGGCCGAGGACUGGGAGACGGCGGGCGGCAGCGAGCGUAACAACGCCAACAACAACAGCAGCGGCGGCGGCGCCGCGUGUACGCCGAGACGCGCCCCCAGCGCAGUGGGCGCGCGGGUCGUGGAGACAAGGGCCAGAGCGGCGGCGGCGCCCGCCAAGGGGAAGGACUCCGCGGGCAGACGGGUGGCGCAAAUUCAAGGCCUUCUCCGCCAUAUGUUCCCCUUCUUCCAGGACCGUUAG